UUCGCGAUCGCCGAGAACGAAGCCAAGGCGCGAGUUAGAUUCAAUCUUAUGGAGAAGAUGCUGCAACCUUGCGGACCGCCACCCGAGAAGCCAGAGGACUAAAUCGUGUGUCCCUUUCUCGUGUUUUUUUCCUCGAGUGAUUAAAAAAAAAAAACUGCAUUAUUAAUCGCACAAUUGUUGUUUCGAGGAAGAUUAAACUUGAGUGAAAAUUUCAUUAGAUACGAAUAUUAUGUGUGUUGUGCGGUAGGCACGAUUUUCUCUUUCGUCGACUGUUGUAUGCAACGUGGAUAUAUAACCUCAAUCAUACAUUAACGAGGAAAUACAUUAAGACAUUUUUAUAUAUAAUCUUGCUUUGUUAUUCAUAUAUAAAUUGAUAUAUAACAAGAAUUUAUAAUUUAUCAUCGAUAGCUGUAUCAAGAGAAAUAAGGCAACCAAGAUGCCUAUCUCUUGUUCCACAAAAUGUGGGAGAGAUGCUAUUUUAAAGAGGCCAAAAACUGGCGAUACAUUGUGCAAAGAUUGUUUCUUCUUAGCAUUUGAGACUGAGAUUCAUGAUACAAUUGUCAACGGUAAACUAUUCAAGCCUGGUAACAAAGUCGCCAUUGGAGCAUCAGGUGGAAAAGAUUCCACUGUACUUGCAUAUGUUUUAAAAACACUAAAUGAAAGAUACAAAUAUGGAUUAGAUCUAUUUCUUUUAUCCAUUGAUGAAGGAAUUACUGGAUAUAGGGACGAUAGUUUGAAAACUGUCGCACAGAACAGAGAUGAUUAUGGCAUUCCACUUAAAAUCUUAUCAUACAAAGAAUUAUAUGGAUGGACAAUGGAUUCUAUAGUUGCAGAGAUUGGCCGGAAAAACAAUUGCACAUUUUGUGGUGUUUUUCGGAGACAAGCACUGGACAGAGGUGCUGCAAUUUUGGGGGUAGAUUGUAUUGUGACUGGUCAUAAUGCAGAUGAUAUCGCUGAAACGGUGUUAAUGAAUGUCUUAAGAGGCGAUAUUGCUCGACUGCAGAGAUGUACAUCUGUAAUCACUACAGGUGCAGAUUCCAUCAUGCGUUGUAAGCCACUGAAAUAUGCAUAUGAAAAAGAAAUUGUCAUGUAUGCAUAUUUUAAGCAUCUAGUAUAUUUCUCUACAGAAUGUAUAUAUGCUCCAAAUGCUUAUAGAGGUCAUGCACGGGCUUUUCUAAAGGAUUUGGAGAAAAUGAGACCUUCAUCCAUUAUAGACAUAAUACAUUCAGGCGAGCAGUUGCAAGUGAACAAUAAUGUAAAGAUGCCAGAAAGAAGGAAUUGUACUCGAUGUGGAUUUGUUUCAAGUCAAGAAAUAUGUAAAGCUUGCGUUUUAUUGGAAGGUUUGAAUAGAGGGCUGCCAAAACUUGGUAUUGGCAAAUCUAAUAAAGCUAAGAAGAUAAUGAGUUUGGACAUAAAUAAGAGAAAUGAACAGGAAAAUAUAGAUUUUUAAGGUUUUCAUGUAUCUAAAUAUAUAGCACAGGCUAUAUACAAUAUAUAUUGUUACAGAAAAUAUUUCUUUUAUUUCUCUUUCAUUGCACUUAUUGAUGAAAAAAAUAUUUUACUGUUGGUACAUUUGAGAUGAUAAUAAAUUAUCAAAUAAUAAGUUAUGAAACAAA